GGAGGCUGAUCAAAUUAGUUAAGUGUGCUGCAUGUUAGACCAAUGGAAGAGAAGAGAGGUAAACGUGGGACGUGAUGACGAACAUGAACGGAAAAUGGAAAUUCUAUGAGAUUGAGUGAUUGAACUCUACUGAAUGUAAGCUAAUCUACUCAAUAUGAAUACUUGUAAUGACAAAGGAAUCAGAGUUGACUAGAACUGCCCUAAGAAAAUAAAGACGCCAAUAUAACAUCAGACUAUCAAAGUAAUCGCAACUUUUCACGAUAAAAGAGGAAUAUCCAUCAAGAACACGGCAGUCUUGCAGAAACAGUUCUUUAGGGGGAGUUCAGAUGAAAAAGAGAUGCUGAAGCGAGCCUCCGCGGAGCUCGGGGCAGCCGUUGGGUGGGCGCGGGGGCCCUGACGCCUCCACCCGCUGCAGCGGGCGAGCUCGCCAUCCACUCCGCCGGUUAUGGUGCCCAGUCGCACCAACGUGGCUGCCGGGAUCCCCAGUAGCAAAGUGAAAUACUCAAAGCUCUCCAGCACUGACAGUGGACACAUUCAUCGUCAGAAGGAAACAUUACCUGCCGAAGCGAGCUUUAAGUUGCAAAGAUGUACAGUGAGAGCUCACAUAUUAAAGUUUAAGAGAAGCUCUACUAAGAUUCCUUAUAAGGCCAUUGCCUGGGCCACCGCGCAGUUUUUGAUUGGUACCUUUCUCGUUAUCGUGGGCUGCCUCCUGCUGGCGGGCCACAUCAGCAAAGUGGGCGCCAACCGGGCCGUUCCGGUUCUGAUUGUUGGCAUCCUCGUGUUCCUGCCCGGGUUUUACCACCUGUUCAUCGCCUACAGAGCGCACCGAGGCUGCCAGGGCUACUCCUUCAGUGACCUUCCGACCUGCGAUGACUAGCCCCCACCGCAGCCAGGAGCAGAGGACUCGCGGAGGGGGCGGAGCGGAGCCUUCAGGCAUUUGGGAGAGGCUGUGGAAACCUAUGCCUCGGGACUAAGGAACUCUGCAGCUUUGUAGAUAUUUAGCAAAACUAUGGCCAGGUCUUAUAAAUUCAUCCCCAAAAUGUUCACUGAGCUUACAGUUAGCCAAACCCAAAGCUAAGAAGUGCGCCAUUUUUGUUUUCCUGGCCCUGGCUUAAACCCCUGACAAAUGUUUCCACAUGGAUAUACAGAGUGGAAGAAAAGCAACAUUAAUUGUACUGGAAAGUGAUGUUAUUCUGUAGAACAAAAUGUUGCCCCCACCACCCUAUUUAGAGCUGAACAUCUCUUUUAAGUAGUCCUCGUUGAUAAUUUUAUCUUGUGGCAAAUGGAAAAAUGCAGUAUGUCUACUUUCAUAUUAGUUAACUUACUUGGAAAAUUUCUGAGUAUUUUAUCCUCCAUGCUUAUCGUCAGUUUUGUGGUCUAUGGAUAUCUUGGUAAAAUCAAAUAUCAACAUAGGAGAAAUAAAGAGAACAAUACAGUUGUGUUGUGUGGAGCUGUAGAGUGAGAUAAAAGUGGUUUUACAUCCCAGAUGCCAAUUUUUUAGCUGUGUAACCCUGGACAAAUUAUCCUAAUAUUCUGAGACAGAGUUUGGGACCAUAAUUCUUACUGUUUGAGGUUUCUGUAGAGGUCAAAUAUAGUAUUUAUAUUAACAACAUUGCACAGAGGUGUUCGCCAAAGUGUUAAUUCCCUACUGUAAGAUAGGAUUUUAUAGAAGAUUGCACAUAAAAUUGACUAAAGCCACAAGUGAAGUGUUUCCAUUUGAGUUAACCUAGGAAAGGUGACAACCCAAGAGAAUGAGACUUCUCAUCUAUAAAGUCAUCUCUUAGUUUAAAUCAGGUCACUGGAUUGUUUUUUAUUCAUGUGAGUAUCUUUUCCUCUUGAGUCCUAUAUAAGAAUAUAGGGCAGAUAUAGGACUUGUGGCACCUAAGGCUUAUGUAAUUUGGAGGGGUCUCUUAAGAAAAUACAAAAUUAGGUAUCAUGCAUAGCAAAGGACCUAUAUUAAGUAUCAUUAGCUCUGUGGUACAUCUGGCUUUCUAGAGAAAGUAAAGGAUCUGGAGAAAAGGACUGAAUGUGGAGACAUAUCUGCAGUUAAGGCUGUAGUUCCAGAUUAAAGAUAACUGAUGAAGCAGCAUAUUUUAUGCUGAAAAUAAAUAAAAAAUAAAUUUAAAAAAAAGAAUAAAAGAGAUCAUCCUACAAAAAGAAAUACUUUCUGAAGUGUUGUAGAUAAAGAAUACAGGCAUACUUUGGAGAUACUGUGGAUUCGUUCAAUCCCACACUACCUCAAUGAAACAAGUAUUGCAAUAAAGUGAGUCAAAUGAAUUUUUUGAUUUCCCAGUGCAUAUAAAGUCAUGUAAACUAUAUUGUAGUCUACUAGGUAUGCAAUGUCCAAAAAAAAAAUGUAAGUACCUAAAUUUAAAAAUUAAAAAAAAUGUAAGUCACAUCUGAGUGACUAAGUUGGUUUAAAAUCCAACUCUCGUUUGCAGCCCAGGUCAUGACCUCAAGAUCAUGAGAUUGAACCCCAUGUUGGGCUCUGCACUGGGCCUGGAGCCUGCUUAAGAUUCUCUCUCCCUCUGCCUCUCCUCCACUCCCACCUCUCUCCUGUUCUAAAAGGAAAAUUUAAAAAUAUUGUCUUGCUAAAAAAUGCUAAUCAUCAUUUGAGAUUUCAGUCCAUUGAUAAAAUAACAAUGAAAACGUUUGAAAUAUUGUGAGAACUAUCAAAAUGUGAUGCAGAGACAUGAAGUGAGCAACUUUUGAUGAAGUGGCGCUAACAGACUUACUGGAUGCAGAGUGGCUGCAAACUUUCAUUGUGUAAAAAAUGCAAUUAUUAGCAAAGUGCAAUAAAGUGAAGCAUAAGAAAAUGAGUGAAUGCCUGAAUAGACUUAGAUUUAUGAAAGAUAAAAGAGUACAUUCCCUGGACAAAGAAUAUUGGCAACUCAUAAAGGAGAAGAAAGAUACACUCUUAACCCUGUUAACCCUUAAGAUGCACAAAACAUACCCAAGUUAAGAGUUUGGUGGUCUUCCUCUAGUACUAUAUUAUGUACCCAUACCAGACACGUAACAAAUGGAAUAAAAUGAU